UUACAAAUACGUACGCCGGUGCAUAUGUUAAUCAGACUUUCAGACUUAUAAAUCUGUGCUUGGUUCCAAUACGUUCUACAGUUUUCUUUUAUCAUUUCAUUGUUGCAAAAAUAACAAAUUGGAUACAUAAUAGAGAAAUGCUUGAUGCCGGGCGCUCGCUCGUCGCGUAAGCCCGCGGCGGCCUCACCAUCGGCUUCUGAUGAAUGCCUACUUUUGGAGAUACAACUCCAACAACAAUUGGAGGAAGAUGUUGCUAGAAUAUUUGAUGAAUCUAUUUAUUCUGACAUUGAAGUAGUGUGUGGUAAACUAAAAUUACUAACCCAUACGUGUAUUCUUAAAGCUCGUACAAAGAAAUUUUAUCAUAAACUUGAAACAAUUUUGCAUCUGAAUAUCGGACGUAAUACGUUUGAUGAAAUUUAUUCUUUCAUAAGCGACACGUACACCGAAUGCAACAUAAAGAGACAAGAAAAAGAAAUAAUUGCACACAUUAAUGAUACAUUUAGUUUAAUCAAAUACACACCCGAUAAUUCUUGGAAUAGUAAAGAAGAUAUAGUAGAACCAGAAGUGUUUUUAACUCCUAAAUGCACAAGCCCGCAUGACGAGAAAGAAAUUCCAAUUACGCAAAACUCAACUCCCAGUACUGAAUUGACUAAAGAAUAUUAUGCAUUAGUGCCAAUUGAUGGUAAUUUAUUAGAUAAAGAACUCAUGGAACAAGACGUCCUCUCUAAUGCAUUUCAGUCUAUUAUAAAAUCUCAAACACAGGAAGAAAUUAAUGUCUCCUUUCCCCAGUGCAUAAAACCGACUUCAUUGUCUCUUAAUUCUAGUCAAACAUCCCAAACAGUCAAACAUUCCAACAGUUGUGAUAUUUUAAAUAGUACUCAUCUUAAAGAUAAUAUAGUACAAAUUAAAAAAACUGAAAGAUUUAAUGUGGCCCCUAGUCAAAAUUCAAAAAUCAGUGAUCCAUAUAGGGAUGAACAUAAUGAUUACAUAGUUUCAAAAAAAAUUGAAUCUGUAUCCGCUAAGUUUGCGGAUCCUACAUAUUCGCCAGACAGUUUAAUUACGGAUGACCCAAGUUCAUCUUCUGAUUACUUGUCUGCUGUAUACACUUGUUCUCCAGGAAUUGACGCUAUCGGUUGUCAUUAUCAAUUAAAUGUUGGACAUAAUAUUGCAAACAUGGACAAUGUUUUUACCUCCUCUGAUUCGGGACUGGAAAAUACAGGUUUAUUGGAAAGCCUUACAAGUCAUAAAGAUGUAACAUUAGCCGAUGCAUCAUUAACAGAAAGCACUUUAUUUGACUUAACUGCGGAUGAUGCAAGUAACUCUCACGAUUCUGUAUCUAGUCCAACAACAGAUAAGUACCCACCACAAAGAUUAAAACUAGGUACGUUACCACAAGUGGCUUUAAGUGGUAAUUGUUCAGAAAUAGAUUUUAAUUGUUUUAAUACAAAUUCAACUAGAUUGAAAGAAAAUGUAAGUUGUAAAUCGUCAAAAGAAGAAAAGCAAAGACAGAAUGAAGAAAUAGUUAUAUUAGAAUCAUCAUCUUUGUCAUCAGAAACAGGGUCUUGGGAAUCUGUAUUUCCUCCGAAGUUAGCUGAAAAAGAUAUUUGUGAGAAGUUUCUCAAUAAUGAACGUCAAUAUUUUAAUCAUAAUUCCUUAAUUGAAUUUAACGAUCAAGACCAUGGUACUGCUUUAUCAUCAAGCUUAGUUCAAAAAUCUCCUUUUAAAUCAACUGGCUGUUUUAUCGAUGCUGCAAGUUUGGCCGAUGAAGAAGACGAAACGAUAAAAAUUUGUACAGAAAUAAAUGUUAUAGAAAAUAAUAUAAAAACAGCAAUACUACCAUUACCGAGUCAACCUGUUCCCUGUUGCACAAAUAAACAAGAUAUGAGUCCAAAUGAUUGGUCUGAAGGCAAUGAAAAUGACGACUCUUUAGAACAGGCUGAAACUAAAGACUCGGACUCGGUACAAAAAGAUUUGUCACCUACUAUUUUUGAAAUGACACUUUUAACAGAUGAUUCGUCAUUAGGUCAAAAUAUGUAUGAACUUAAUAGAGAUGAAGAUUCCAAUAGUAAAAAGAAUUGUAACGUGGAAGAAAUCUCAAUCGACGGUAAUAUUAAAAAUGGUAGCACUAGGUCUCUACUAUUUUCAGCCACAACGCCACAUAAUUCUAUAAUGUCUCUUAACGGUUCGUCCAUGGUACAAUACGAAUCUGUCACAAAUUUAACCACGUCUUCGAUAAAAUUGUCUGAGAAGCAUGUAGAUAAUAAAACGAUUAAAAAAUCUAACGAAUCUCCUAUAAUCUCAGGAGGUGCUUCAAUAGAAGAUCAUUUACCUCAAAUUACUAAUUAUAAUUCUUUGACACGUAGAACACUAGAAAAUAUACCAAUUGUUUCCGGGGCCUAUACACCACCCAUGGAGAAUAUCAACAGUAACAAAGUAUCAAAACCAUCUUGUUCUUCUGCUUGGGUAGUUGAUAUGUCCAACAAUAAAAUAUCAAAUGAAGAUGUGAUUGUAACGUCUACUCCAAUGAAACCAGGUGAUAAAGUUUGUGAAAGCUUAAAAGCUACUUCUAAGUUAAGCAGUAGUCUCGAGUCCUGUAAUAAAAAUAAAAGUUCUGGUGACUCAGAUAGCAGUGAAAAGUCAUAUCAUAAAUUUUAUAUAGAUUUAGCAACACUAUCAGAUUCCACAACAUCUAAAGACGAUAACCAUAAUACGGAUAACACAGAAAAGAAAAAUAUGUUUUCCAUGUAUAUAGACUUAGGUGAAAAUUCUACUUUGAAAGAAAUGCCGGCUAGGUUAACAUCAUCAUUAAAUAUAAAAAGGAGUACUUGUGUUGAACAUGAAAAGAAUAAGAAUGUGCAGAAAUCUCGAAAGAGAGGGAAGACUUCAGUCGAUUGUAGUCUCAUUGCCACAUCUACAAAAAAUGAUAGUACUUACGAAUCACUAUCUAAUGAAUCGAAUUUAAGUACUUCGGACAUUAGUAGUUUACGCCAAGGAAAUGAUAAAAAUUCUACGCAAAAUGUCGCGGUAGAAAAGUACCAUUCUUUGGGUGAUUUACAAACAACCUCAGUUUCUCAUCCUGACAGUAAAAUUUCAUAUGCCACCGAGUUAAAAGAGACUAAAUUGCAAACUGAGCUCGUUUCUAAUAAUGAUAGUACUUUUGAAAAAUAUGAAUCGCUAUGCAAUGAUCCAAAUAUAAGUAUCUCAGAGAUCAUUAGUUUGCCUCAAAGAAAUUAUAAAAAUUCUACGCAAGAGAUCCCAGAGGUAACGGAGAAUUCUAUCAGUGAUUUAAAAAAAAAAACAGUUUCUGCUAGUAAAAUAUCAGAUACCUCCGCUUUGGCAGAUGAAACUACAGUGAAACCUUCAACUGAUCUUUUUGUGAAAUUAUCAGAUCUAGACAAACCAAUCCAAAAAUGUGAAACUCCUAUUAACAGCAACGAAGCAGUGCUAGAUGUAAGAAUGACAAGGUCUAUACCUGAGAAUAAUUGGGGAGGACAAAAUCAUAAUAGUACUUCAAUACCUAUAGAAGUUAUUAGUUCAUUUCAUUCAGAGAAUGCAGUAAGUUUGAACAGGUUGUUUCCCCAUUUGAAAAAUGAAUUUAGUAGAAGCAUGCCAGGAUCGUUAUCAGCAAGAACACGAUCUUCUCUUAGAUUAGGAGCAUCCUCGAGUCCUGGUGAUGCAGAUGAACCAUCUUCGGACAUGUCGGAAAUUAGCAGCGUUCAAAGCAGCAUGUGUCGUUCUGUUGUUGAAAAUAGUACAACAGAAGAAACCAGCCAGACUUUGAGUUUAAUUGGCAGUUGUCAGUCUCGCCUUGGCCAAGAUUUGCUUCGCAUGUUUUUAGAAGAAAUUGCACCGGAUGUUAUUGUAGAAGUGUCAGGAAGACGUAUUAAAGCGCACAAGUGCAUUUUAUCAUCGAGGUGUCAAUACUUUGCUGGUAUUUUAAGCGGUGGUUGGGUCGAGAGUGCUGGAAAUGUGAUUUUGUUACCACCGUUUGCGUUUAAUGUAGUACACUUCACCCUCUGUCACAUCUACUCAGGGGCGGCUUUAAUUCCCGACUCCAUUAGUAUUGUGGAGUUGGCGACUAUAGCUGACAUGUUAGGCUUGGAAGGACUAAAAGAAGCUAUAAUGUAUACUUUAAAAUCCAAAUAUUGCCACCACUUUCAUUGGCCUUGUUCUGUUUGUACUUUGGGUGUGCUUGAGUGCUUCCCAUUGUCAUCACUGUAUGGAUUGGAUGACCUUUGUCACAAAUGUUUGCGUUGGAUCACAAAACAUUUUUCUAGAGUAUGGCCAACUAGAGCAUUCGCAGCUCUGCCGGCUGAUCUCUCUGAAACGUGUUACCAACAGCAUAUCAUAAACAUGAGUGAGGAAAAUGUGGUGGAAACUAUAUACGGAUGUGGCAUUAUAAUAUCAUCACUGAAGAGCAACAGCAGGGGAGCUGAUAUCGUGGAAAGGCUCUGUCGCCGUUUAAUGAAUGCAUCAGCAGAGUUCAUAGCCCCCAGAUUGGAUAUUGUGGUACGCACACUGUCCCCUCCACCCUCUAAUCUCCCGGAGGCUUCAGAGCAAGCACUCAGUGACUGCAUCAAUGUUGCUAUAGAGCGUGCACCCGGCGAACAACUGUGCCGUCUCUACGAAUAUCUAUUCCAUACACUAAAACAAAAAGAGCAAUACGUAUUUUACAGCCAAGCUUGUACUUGGAGAGUUAUUUGCGAGCGGACCCUGGUGCGUGCCGCUCCACGGGUCGUGAGGACACAAGCUUUCAAGGACUUACCCUUAGAACUAUCUGUGCGUCUACGGAAGUUGGGAUGCAUAAUGUUUGGAAUACAGAGCCCGAUUACCACAAAUUCCUCAGCAGAUCGCAGAAGGAGCCCAAACAAAGACUCCAGGGAUCGUAGCCAGUCACGCAAUGUUGACAUAAAUGAUAUGAAAGCGCGGUUUACACCAUAUACUUGUAAACCAGUUUAUGCAAAUCCCGCCUCAAAUGUGCGAGAAAAAGUACAUCAAUCUCAAAAGACACCUGUUGUUAGGACGACUAAGGCUCAAGAAGAAAGAGCAAAAUAUAAUAUGGCUAAAUGCAGCACUUCAGUACAAAAAAAUACACGACCUAAACGUGCAGAAGCAAAACAUAAAUUGACGGCGAAGGUACAAUCGUCUAGCGAAUCAUCCCGUCAAGUGAGCGAAACAAAGGGCUACACUGUUUCUCAGGAUAGCUUGGCCACUAGUUCACGACCAAGGACGGCUGAACCGUGCAGUUCACACAGUGAUUCCCUGAACAUAAAAUAUGCCACAUACACAAAGAGCAAAAGAACAAAUGUAGAAAACCAGGCAGACAACUCUAAAAUGAAGACUAAAAUUCCGGUGUAUGUAAACAACAAAGCUUGCGCGUCUAAUAAGAACGCGAGGGACGCAGAUAAGAAAGAUACUACACCGAAAAGUGACCGGAGGUUUGGAUCGUUGAUGAUGGCUACGAAAUCUAGUUCUGCGAAAAUAGUUCAAAGACAAAUAACACCGUCAAGAGGAACUAGCAUCAAACCGAAAAAUACAAAAAGUGCAAAACACAAUGGUAAGGUCGAACAAACCUCACAAAGGCAAGCUGUACCAAGCAUGGAUCGAUCAGGCACAUUUUCAAAAGAUGAACCUACUUUUGGCGACAGAAUGUCGAAAUAAGAUAAUAAUGUUUAGUCAUAUGCUUAAUAGAGAUUAUAUUUAUUGUGAAAAUAUCUAAAUCCUCUCCAGUAGUCCUACUUCUAUAAUAAUAUUUAAAAAUGAUCGUAUAUUUAUUUUAGAUUAAGAUUACUCUAUUUUACAUUUUACCAGGCUCUAGUUCUAACCCACUCACGUCUUAUCACUUAGCGAUAUACCUAUUAUACGUUAUUAUAUAUUUGUUUUGUCUGAUCUAUUUUAAAUUAGAGGCAAAAUAAUCGGAAUAAAAAAUUGUAGGUUAUCUAAAAACUUAAACCCACUUAAAAACUUAGUUUAAAUUAUUUAUUGGCCUUCUUCAAUGUUAGGCAUUGCGUGUUACUAGCAAUAUAUAAUAUAAUACAUAUUUAUAACGUUUUAGAAAUAAGUAUGGGUGUUAGUGCGUAGUUUUUAAUGUAAUAUCGAUAUUUACUUAGAUCUGAUCCACUAGAUAUUAGUAGGAUAUGCUAAUUAGAAUUUGUUUUUAUCAAUUUGUCUCCAACCCACUUCAAGAUAAAUUAAUUCGCCUAUAUA